AUGUCCGAGCAAGAAGAAAUGGAAAAUGAAGAUGAAACGGAAGUAAUAACAAAGAAAGAGCCCUCCUUUGGCGAUGAUAUUUUAGAGUUGCGCCAUUCCUUUGGCUAUGAUUGCAAGCGUUUCUUCAAUUUGGUGCUCAUCGAUGACAGUACAUUGGUUUUUGCUUCCGGUGAUUAUUUGCAUUACUUUGACAUACCCACACGCAAAGUUACAUUUCGCAAAUCGGUGUUUGGUGGCGGCAUUGGAUUUAUAACGCGCAAUGAACAUCCCGACUUCAUCGAUUUGCUCACCGUUGCGGAAAAUGGUGCAACGCCGACUAUAUUCAUUUACGAAUAUCCCACGCACGAGGUGCGCAUCAAGCUGGAGAAUGCGGCCAAGUCUUGCUUCACCUGCGGCUCAUAUAACUCCACUGGCGAGCUAUUCGCUUCACAAGCCGGCUAUCCAGAUUUCAUGCUCACCAUUUGGCGUUGGCAAAUCGGUCAUGUGGUGUUGCGUUCCAAAUCCUUUCAGAAUAAUGUGCUGCACGUACACUUUUCUCACUUCAAUCCGAUACUCUUGGCUUCAAGCGGACUGAGUCAUAUAAAAUUUUGGAAAAUGGCCAACACUUUUACCGGUUUGAAAUUGAAAGGCGAGCUGGGACGCUUUGGCAAAACGGAUUUUAGUGACAUUUAUGCGAUUUAUAUGCUGCCCGAUGAGAAUAUCAUUUCAGGCUGUGAGUGGGGGAAUAUGCUGUUGUGGGAAGCGGGCCUGAUUAAGUUCGAGAUUACGCGCAAGGGACGUAAACCGUGUCACACAAAGCCAAUUACACGCAUCACCAUGGAGAACGGUGAAGUGAUGACUGUGGGUAUGGAUGGUUAUGUACGUAUUUGGUAUUGGGAAACAGUUGAUCUAGCCGAUCCGCCGGACGACGAUCGCUUCGUCGAGAUCGAGCCGAUCUAUGAGUUUAAGGUGGGCGAUUGUGAGAUAUGUGGGCUGCAGAAGAUUAAACCAUUCGACAGCAAUGAUUUUGGCUACUAUGCGCAGGAUGGCAAUGGCGGUAUUUGGUAUUGCGAUCUCAAUACUCACGACGUGCCUAACAAGCCAAAAAAGCUGUAUAGCUGUCAUGGCGGCAAAGUGGUUGCCGCACAAACAAGCCCCGUUUCAACGCAUCUAAUGACGCUAGGCGAGGAUGGCAAGAUCUUCCUAUUCGAUUAUGUACGCAACACUUUAUUGCUGGAGAAGAAGUUUAUUUCAAGCGGCAGCGAUUUGCAUUGGUUCUCGACAAAAAUAUCCAGCACGGGUAUGGAUGUGGUCGCCGGCUUCGACGAUGGCAUACUACGUCAAUUGGUGUUGGAUUUGCGCAAUGAAAAGAGAGUGGAGUUGCAUUUGGUGCGCGCUAUUAAGGCGCAUAUUGGUGCCAUCACGAAAUUGACAGUUAAUCCGAGGCAUACCUGCCUAGUCGUGUCCUCCGUGGACAAGUCCAUAUUUGUGUAUAACAUUGAAGACAAGGAGAAUAAUAUGGUGUACUUGAAACCAAUGGGUUUUGUGGUGCUCGAUGCUGUGGUGAAUUGUUUCAACUGGAGGAAUGAUGAGUAUUCCACAAUUUUGAUGGGCUGCAAAACUGGUGAGGUAUAUGAAUACCAAAUACCCGCACGCGUCACAGACGAGCAAACAUUUCUCUCCUACAACAUUACCGAUCCGCAGAAAAUGAAGUCGACACGCUUUGUAUCGGUUAAAAGUCGCAUAAGACGUGAUCAAAAGCGUGAGAAAAUCAAGAAACGCAAGGAGAAGAAACGUCAACGCAAAUUGGUGGAAGUGGAGAAAUUGAAGGCAGCCAAUCCGGGCUUGCAAAUUGACAUGGAAACGGCGUUGGCCGAUUCUGAGCCCGAAGAAGAAGAGGAACCCUUACAUAUACCUGCUGCGCCCAAUCCAGUGCUUUGGCUCCGCUAUACGCGCGAUGGCACUGUGUGGACCUCGAUGGCUGGCUUCGAUGCUGGUUAUAUCUAUGAGCUAAUCUUUGGUAAUGCGGAGCCUUACAGGUGUACUAUAAUAGCGGACGGCGAUGAUUGCGAAAUACACUCUUAUUUGACGAUUGAGGAUUACCUGAUUUUCGGCUUGGUAGAUGGAAAAUUGCGCAUCAAUCGUACAACCGUCAACGAUUUCACAGAUUUAGCCGAUUAUCGUCUAUUUGCCAUGCACGAUUCCUACAAUGGAAUUAUAUCGCGCAUUUUGACCAGCUACGAUGGCCAAUAUUUGUUUAGCGUUGGAUAUGAUGGCAAUAUUUUCUCUUACAAGUGGCAUGGACCCAAAGUAGAACAGGGUGGUCCUUUGGAUGUGGUGCAGUAUGCUCUGCUAAAGGAUUUUUAUGCUGACGAUAUAGACGAUCCAGAGCAUCCUUCAUUAGAACAGGAGAAAAUCUAUGCCGAAAUUAAGCGCAAAGAGGAAGCGGCUGCAGCGCAUGACCGAAAAGUAUUGGCACAAAUCGGUGAAUUGCAGGUGAAAUUCAAUGAUAUCAAAAGCGAUAUGUUGCCUUUGGAAGAGGAGUUGCAACUGCCCGAUCGCAAGCUGCUUCUGGACGAACGCAUAACUAAACAAAUCAAGGAUGAGCUGCAAACGGAAUUGGAAGAUGUACGCGAUGAUUUGGCCUACGACCUGGAGGUGGCUGAAGUUGGUAAAAAUAAGUUGUAUAAUCAUUUUUUGAAGAAAUUAGAACAUGUGCCGUUUACGGUGAGCGGUAUUAGCAAAGAUGUAAGUGUCACCUCGUUUCGUGUAGAAAAACUUGGAGAGGAAUUUGAGAAAAUCAAGGGUGAGAUCGAGGAGCGCUUGCUGCUGGAGGCAGCGAAGCGUAGGUAAGCUCAAGGAUAUAUUGAACCGAUCGUUGCCGAGGAGAAGGAGCCCAGCAUGCCCGAACUGGGUGAGGAGAACUUCUUUUUCGGUCGUAAUCCGAACGCCAUCAUACCACGCUUUAGCAAGAAAAUGCUCCGCCUAUUGCGACGCUAUCGCUCUCGCCAACUGCACGAAAUCGAGCGUAUAUAUAAUUGGGAGCGGAUGGAAAUGGGUAAACCCGAUCCGAACAAGAAUCAUCCGCAAGAUGAGCUUAAAAUUGCCGAAGCGGAGAAAAAUCUUGGCGAUUACAAGCUCAAAAUUGGCUACGACUAUGAGCCGCGAGUCAACGAAAAUCUCACCUACAAAUACAUUGAAGUGGUGAAUGCAAGGCAAGCACAUUUUCUCAUUUUAGAUCGCUUCAAUAAGGAACUGAUGCAAAUGCGCAAACGCAAAUGGGAGUAUUACAAGUAUAUAGAAGAGUCGCAUAAGCGAUUGAAACAGUUGCACUCAUUUCUACCACACAUAAAUCGCGAGUUUUUGAUUUCCAUAGGAAAUAUUGAUAUGAACGCUGAGUAUCCAGAGCGUAAUCUCAAGGAGAAUUGCCAGCCAGGCUGUGGCAUAGAAAUCGAAGAUAUACUGUAUUUGGAGAAGAAAGUUGAUGACUUACUGCCGGAGCCACCACCACCGCCGUCAUUCGACCAGAAUGUGACGGCGCGCGAUAAGAUCGAAUACUCGUUACACCAAUCUUUGCAUGCCUAUGAAGUGGACGAGCUGCCGGAUAUUAGUGCUAUACUCGCAGAACUCGAUGAUUAUGCCAGUUUUACUGAACCAGACUUCUUCGAGCGCAACGAGGACGGUUUUGCGCCUUGGUUGUCUAUGGCGCGCUAUCAAUGGCUAAUCGAUUUGCUGGAUGAACAGAGUGGCAUAGUGUUGAAGGUGAAAAAUCGUAUUAGUGAGUUCGAUAAGGAUCUGGAGGAAAUGAUAGCAACGCGUUGUAGAGCUUCGUACGAAGCUGAGUUCAUGCACUGCUAUAGUAUUACUUUGAAUCAAGAAUUGAAUAUAUUACGCGAUAGCGAAGAGAUCGAAAAUCAAUUGCUAUACAAUGCUGAUGAGGCCAUGAAGACACGCAACGAAAUGCAGGCGGUGAUCAAUUCGAAAAAACGGCAAAUCGAGGAGAGCAAAAAGAAUGUCGAUAGAUUAAACGAGCAAAUAAUAGCGGUGCAGCAGAAAUUCAUGACCACCUGCAAGGGGCAUAAAUUCUUCGAUUUCUUGCGGCGCAUAUUCAAAAAGAAAUGGCGAUCACCAAAGCCACCCAAGGCUGAUGAUGAAUCUUCUGAGUCCUCCUCGAGCGACGAGUCGUCCAGCGAGGAUGAGGAUGCCGAUGCCAAAAGUAUUGAUUCAACGGAUAUUACUACGAUACGGUUAGAUGAAAGUCACUGUCCUGCAGGGCUGGAACGUAGCACGUACGACUUGGCUUUUCAGCUGCGUUCCGAGCGGCAUGCUCUUGAAAAGGUGCUCUCAGAGACACAAAAAAGCAUAGAGCAACGACGUGCAGAUGUGGCUGAGCUGCAAAAGAAAAUGAAGUAUCACGAAGAAGUCUACGCGCAGGAGAAGGAAACGUUAACGGUUUUUCGGCGCAAACGCCAACAAGAACUAAACAAAAUCAAAAUCUGUGUAGUGUUGUCAAUGGAUCAAUUGCAACACUUCAGACCAGGCGAAGAUUAUUUAGACUUAAGUCGUGCCAUACUAUUCGAUGCUGAACGCCUGAAUCAGCUGAAAGAUCGUGUCUCCCAGUUGAAUGAAGAAACACUGGAGACUCGACGUCUGCAUCGUAUCAAUGUAGUACAUUUGCGUCGCAUGAAUACCGACAUUAAAUUUAUGCGCAGCGAAAUCACACGAUUGGAGGCUGCCAUCAAGCAGGCGAUGAUUAAGAAAUUCGGUAUGAUCAUCAAUUUGGAUGAAUUGGAGGAGGAGGUUUUGCGCAGGUAUGUAUUCGAUUUGGAAACGUCCGCUGAGGAGGAAUUUCGACAAAUCGAGAGAGAAAUAGCGAGAAGGAAGGCGGAGUUGGCGUUAUUGGAGGACGAACUGAUACGUGAAACAAAAGUCAGCGCGGAAAAGUCUAACAUAUUGACCGUUUUGAAUGAGGAGAAGAACUUUUUGCAUAAAAUUUUGAAAGCACAGGAGAAGAACUUCGAGAAAUGGAUGCAGCCACAUAAAGUGAAUCUUGAUCGAGACGUAGAAAAGCUCACGCAAAUACACAAGGAGCAGAAGCAGACAAUUGAGUGCCUGGAGCGUGAAAUUUGCACAUUACGCUUGAAAUCCAAACCACUGCAGUUAUUUCACGAAGUCGUCCAGGAAGAUAAAAUUGAAAAGACUGUCGAAGUGGAUGAUGAUGAUGUUAACUGCCCCAAAAUAUUAGCACCCGAAGCUUUUAUGCAACGCAUCGAACCAGAUCAGUUUACUAUCGAUCGCAUCAAGAAAGUUGUACAAAAAUAUUUCGCACAGUGGUUCAAUCGGCACGCCACCGCCGAUAAUAUACGUAAGAAUGCAAAGAAGGCCACACGCUAUCUGGCACAAGCUGCCUACACCUUCGAAGGCAACAUAACCGAUGGCAUAUUGGAUUGUAUAACGCAAGCGCUGGAAUCGAUGAUGCCGAAAAAGUAUCUGCUGCAUAUGUCCAAGGAUAAUUUAGCGAAAAUGUUUCGUGAUGUGCUCAACGCAUACGAUUACCAGUCGUCUGAAGUGAAUACAGAGGAAUUGAUUAGCGGCAUCUAUCAGAAUGUGCUGACGACUUUGGACCACUCGAAUGCUGUGCUGAAUAGAACACAAUUCAUAUUGUUGCAUCUAUUCGAGCAGCUUAUUGAGCUCUUGCCAUUGGAGGAAUUUAAAAGCGAGAAAACUACGCGCUUACUUAUGCAGCUGUUGGAAGAUGAUACGCAUAUAGAUCCGCGUUGUAUAAAUGUUGAUGACAUUGUGGACAAGACGGUGAAGUAUGCGCGGGAAAAUCUGCUCGACGGCAUUACAGCUAUGCCGAUAAGACGUCUAGCUGAGAAUCUGUAUAAGGAAUUGAAGAUUCAUAAGGCGGGAGCGAUAACAAUUAAAUGCUCGUUGGGAUCGAAAGAAAGAGUUACGACUGCACAAAAGAACAAGUUUGCUUCAUUGUGA